AUGGAAAGUGAGGAUAAUUCGAAAACUUCUGAACAGCAGUCUUCAAAUAAUAAUAAUGUGUUAAAUGAUCAAGGAUUCGUUGAAACCAUAGAUACACAAAUAGUUAAACCAAUGUCAGUAAAUGAUCAGGGCUUCAUUGAUACAGUGGAUGUGCCAGUAGUUGGAAAACAUUUGGCAGUUGGGAUGAAUUGGACCGUUUCAUAUCUUUCUACGCGAGGUCACAGAAUUUCAUUAGUUUUGAGUGAUAAUAUGAACUUGGAAGCUUCUGUUGAUGUUGAACAAGCGUUUCUUAAUUCAUUAUUUCGUUUACCAAAUAUCUCUUUUAAUGAAGCUCAUAUUAAAAUUAGUUAUUGUAAGGCAUAUACAACUAUGAAUAGAUUGUCAAAAAAAGCCAUUCAAGCAGGAUUAGAUGCUGGUUCUAAUGCAAUUAAAGAGCUCAAAGACUUUAUGAGUGGCUUUAUCAUUAAAUAUACGCCCAAAAAGAAAGAUAAAAAGAAGAAAAGGCAAGACAAUGAGAGUGAUGACACUUCAAACUAUAGUUUUAGCGAUGAAGAUUUUAUUUUAGUUGAAAAUCUGAUAGUUCAUUCAAAAAGGGGUGCUCCAAGGAAAAAGCGUUUGAAAGGUUCACAUGAAUUAGAGAGCAAAAGCAAUUCUAGUGCUAAGCAUUUGCAAAUACAGAAGACUAGAAAACUAUCACAAUGUUAG